AGUGACAGGCAGGCAAGCUUCGAUUUUUUGUUAUACUUUCAGACGAGGCAACUUAAGCAGUUUUCUGUAAUUAUGUAAAGUUGUUGACAUGUUUUACUUUGGCGAUAAGCUAUUGAUACAAGCUGAAUCAGCGGCUUGCUUGCUUUGCAUUAUGUUUGUACAUUUAUUUUGAAUCGGUAUACAGGGACUUUUGUUUUGCGAGUUCAAAAAGCUUUUUGGCGUUUUCAUAGCGGUGUAGUUUUCGUUCUCUUCGAGCAAGUCAUUCGCAGAACGGGAGACAAUCGAACAAAUAAUAAUAACGGCCAAAAAGAACUUUUUUAUUUAUAUUUUUUCUGGCUUCUGAAGUUUGUAGUUAGAACUUUGUAGUCGCAAAUUUAGCUCAAUAUUGAAACUUAAAAGUGAAUUCAAAGUGCGCGGCAGACAAGGACGUUGAUGAAUCAUUUUUAACCUAGUGUAUCAUGUCGAUAUAAAGAUAUUCCUACUUUGACAAAGACGGGCAUAAAGUUUUCUAGUUUAAGGUUAUUGUCAACUCCAACGGAUUUAAAAUGUGUCUAAUGGUUUUGUGUGAAAAAAUGCUUUGCUGUUGUGCCAAACCGAAAAAGGGCGGCUUGAAUGAGGCCUCAUUCUACGAAUAUGCAGAUGCAGUGCCAAAAUACUUCAACGACCAAAUUGGCGAAAUAAGCGAAGGCAUUAGUUUCACCGUUACCGGUUAUCUAGCAGUAAACUGCGAGAGAUUCUCCAUCAAUCUUGUUCAUAACAACGAGACUCGAGAUGUGGCGCUUCACAUUAAUCCACGGUUGCCCCAAAACUAUAUUGUUCGUAACACCAAAGUGCAGGACAUAUGGGGCAGCGAGGAAGUUUCCUCGGCAUUGCCCUUUCUUUUAAGUCGCGGCGACAAGUUCUCUAUUCAAGUACUUGUUACUGAUGCGUGCUAUAUGAUAUCGGUAAAUGGUCAGCAUUUUGCAACAUACACUCAUCGAAUUCCCUAUAGAGAUGUCCGAAUCCUGGAAGUCAAAGGCGAUGUGGGUAACGUAGAAAUGCAGCGAACUUUGGUCUUAAGCUAUCCUCAACGACUUCCCCAGUCGGAGGCGAAAAACAUUGAGCUCCACAUAGAUAAUGAUGGUAAUGAAAUUGAUUCUAGCGUCGAGGAGACUGUCAAAAUACCUCAUGAGUGGUGCCUUAUUAGCGCCCCGAUUACACAGUCGGGCAGUCCGCCAAAGAGUACCAACAGUUUAAAUGAUCUUGCGCUUACCUUGCCUUAUUAUGGGGCACUGCCGCCAAAUUCGUUGGUCGAAGGUCGAUGCUUAAAGAUUGAAGGACGAGUUCGCCUGCUGCCUCACUCUUUCUAUAUAAACCUACAAAAAGGGCAGGAUAUUUGGCCACAUCCACUCAUAGCAUUCCACUUAAAUCCACGCUUUACGAAAGCAAGCAGCGGAGCCAUCGGAAAGGCGGUGGUGUGUCGUAAUGCCUGGCUUGAUGGUGGUUGGGCACAAGAAGAACGUUCUGAGUUGGACACAAACUUCCGUCCCGGUCGAACUUUUAGUUUGGCCAUCGUGUGUACCAAAACUGCAUAUGAGGUGUAUGUCAAUCGGAUAUUUAUGACGGAUUUUAAAUAUAAAGUCAGCCCUGGGCUGGUUGACGCCGUCUACAUACAAGGUGAUGUUAAACUAUGGAAUGUAACGCUGGAACAAAACCCACUUAUUAAGGGAAAGAAUGUGCGCGUCUAUCACAACCCUUUGGACACUUUUGAGUUCUAGAUAUUUGUGGUUCCAAAAACCAGCCUAAAGGGUUAUAUAUUUUUAUUUUUCUUGUCUCAAUAGUUAAGCCGACAAUAACUAAGUUAUAGGCAGUUUAUUAAUAAUCUUUUUUAAAUAAUGUAACAUUUUUUGUUGUUAACAAUUAAAGUUACGGGUACGACAACCAAA